AUGAACGAAGUUCACCCUCCCAAGCUGAAAAAAUUUAUGGACAAUAAGUUGUCAUUGAAAUUAAAUGGUGGCAAUCAUGUGCAAGGAAUACUGCAGGCAUUUGAUCCCUUUAUGAGUCUUGUGAUAGAUGAAUGUGUGGAGAUGGCAACUAGUGGGCAACAGAACAAUACUGGAAUGGUGGUAAUACGAGGAAAUAGUAUGACUGUGUUAGAAGCCUUGGGACAAGUAUAA